AUGGAGAUUUACCAGAGAAGCGAAGCCUUUGUCGAGAAAGACGGUGAUCUUGAAUUUGCCUUUACCAAACUUAUACUCCGCGGGCCAAAUAACGAAUUUUUCUAUACCACAACCACAGAUCGUAUUGGCGCGUCGUCUCCAGUCGAUAUAAGCCAGCUUCAGAUAUCACCGAUCCCGUCUGACAGCAUCUGGCCGCACUACGCGCCGGGAUUGUCUCUAUCGCCGGACCCUCCCCCCCCGAACUCCUACGUCAAAGAGCCUAGCCUCAUUGACUAUGGCGAUACAACGACAUCUCUACAGCUGAGCAGCCAGAUCCUGCACGAGGCGAAGAUAUGCGAGCUUCUAAAGGGGCAUGCACAUCCCAACAUUGCAACAUACAUUGGCUGCAUUGUGGAGGGUGACAGGAUCAAGGGUCUCUGCUUCGCUCGAUACGCAAUGACUCUUGCCCAAAGAUUGAGAAUGGAAACCCCGUUCGAUAAAGAGCGUUGUCUCCAAGGUAUCGAAAGUGGGAUACGGCAUAUGCAUUCUCUAGGCCUCGUCCACAAUGACAUCAACCCAUCCAACAUCAUGAUCGAUGAUGCAGACCGCCCGGUCAUCAUCGAUUUUGACUCUUGCCAACAUGAAGGAGAUAAACUUGGUGUCAAAACAGGCACGUGGGGCUGGUCGAUUGAAGGUGCCGAGUAUGCCCAGCGCGAGAACGACUUCCUCGGCCUCUCCAAGCUAAAGGGAUAUUUAGAAUCAGAUUAA